CUCGCCUACAGGAAGUUAGCUCUUGCGGCGACCUUGUAGCUGUGCGUGUCCAGCAUGGUGCACACAAGAGCCUAGUUUUCCCUUAUUUAGAUUUUAGUAAUUACUGAGAAUGACAGUAAAUAAUGUCUAACAAUCCGUGAUCAUUGUCACAAUGAUAUCUCUUUUUAAAGCCGCUGUGCGUGGAGUGGUUGGCGUUUGUACUCACAAAACAGGUCUGGUAGAGAGCCAUCUCAAAGUGUUGAGUGCUGGACUAAAGACUUAUGAGAUCCCUCCAGACUUCAGCGAUGCAUUCUUACCAGAGAAACCCAAGCUAAAGUUUUUGAAUAAAGUCCCCAACUUUAAAAAAGCCAAGAAGGAAAUGAAGAGACUGCGAGACAUUCAAGGGCCAGCCAAAGCUGCAAAUACAUUUGUCACGGGACAAUAUGCAAUUGUAGCUUUGGGAGGAGGUUAUCUUCACUGGGGUCACAUGGAGAUGAUGCGUCUGACCAUCAAUCGAAAAAUGGAUCCUAAAACAAUGUUUGCCCGAUGGCGAAUCAAUGCCCCCUACAAACCUAUCACACGAAAAGGUCUUGGACAGCGCAUGGGCGGAGGCAAAGGAGCCAUUGACCACUACGUAACUCCUGUCAAAUAUGGCCGUUUGAUUGUAGAAGUUGGAGGCAAAGUAGAACUGGGAGAGGUUGAGCAUAUACUUACUGAAGUGGCCAAGAAGCUCCCAUUCCCUGCCAAGGUCAUGAGCAGAGAAGCCCUUGAAGAGAUGCACAAAGAGCAAGAAGAGAGGGAGAAAAACAACCAAAAUCCAUGGACUUUUAAAGACAUUGCUCGGGGAAACAUGAUGGGCCUCAGGAAGGUCCUAAGUCCUUUUGACUUACGCAACAAUGGACGAUUUACAGGGAAAUUUCAUCUCCCAGGAAGAGUCUAAAAUCUGCAUUCUCAAAGGGCUUUUUUUCAACUAUGUAUAUAUCUGUGUUCAUAAUUUGGUUCAUUUUAUAUGCAGAAUAAUAAAUAUGCAAUGCCUAUGUCGUCAAUCUGUGGAAAGGAAA